AUGGCUUUUGCAAUAAGAAUUGUGAGUCAACACAUGCAUGCUCUUUACAAAGAAUAUAUGGAAGCCAUGUAUAGAAUUCUAAAGUAUCUUAAAGGAUCUAUAGGGAAAGGAUUAUUCUUUAGAAAAAAUGAAACAAGAAGCAUUGAAGGGUUCACGGAUGCUAACUGGGCAAGUACCAUAGAUGAUCAAAGAUCAACUUCAGGCUAUUGCACCUUUGUGUGGGGUAACUUAGCUACUUGGAGGAAUAAGAAGCAAACAAUAGUAACUAGAAGUAGUGCAGAGGCGGAAUUUCAUGCUAUUGCUCAUGAUAUGUGUGAACUACCAUGGCUUAAACAACUUCUGCAAGAAAUUAAUGUGAAGGAGGAGAUGUCAAUGAAGAUGUCUUGUGACAAUAAGGUGACCAUCAACAUAUCACACAACCCAAUUCAUCGUGAUUGA